AUGUCGAAUGAAAACGUAGCCCAACGUCUUUACCUUGGCAUUGAUUUGAGUACACAACAAAUCAAAUGCAUAGUAAUCGAUGAACAAUUACAAACGAUUGCAGAAGAAGCAAUUAGUUUUAAUGAUAAAUCAUUACUUGUUCAUCAUGUUCAACCGAAUGGUUUUGUUGUCGAUAAAAAUGAUAAACGCUGUAUAACAACACCAGUAUUCGUGUUUCUUGAAGCACUUGAUGUUGCGUUACAAAAGUUAAGUGAUCAAAAGAAAUUUGAUUUUUCAAAUAUUGUUGGCAUAUCAGGAUGUGGACAACAACACGGCAGUGUUUAUUGGAAAACGAACACUGAAUUAGGAAGUUUAAAAGCAGAUACUAAUAGAGAACAAUCGUUGUCUCUUGUUAACAUGUUAAAAUCAUCAUUUUCGCGUAUUGACUGUCCCAUAUGGAUGGAUUCAUCAACCACCAAUGAAUGUCAAUCCAUUGAAAAAUCAGUUGGUGGUUCACAAAAUCUUUUUCAAAUAACUGGCUCGAAAGCGUACGAACGAUUUACUGGCAGUCAAAUUAUGAAAGUAGCGAAUAAAACACCGGAAAUCUAUGAACAAACAGAGCGUAUUCAGUUAAUAAGCAAUUUUGUUACUAGUAUUUUACUCGGGGAAUACGCUCCUAUUGAUCUAUCGGAUGGUUCAGGCAUGAAUUUACUUGAUAUUCGUCAAUGCAAAUGGUCAAACGCAUGCUUAGAUAUAUGCGGCAAAGAUUUAGAAAGAAAACUAUCGGAAAAACUUGUUCAUCCGAGAACAGCACUCGGAAAUGUCGCAAACUAUUUUGUUGAACGUUAUGGUUUUAAUAGUCAAUGCCAAAUUGUAUCAUUCACAGGAGAUAAUCCAUCAUCGUAUUAUGCAUUAGCAUCGGAUCCAAAAACAAUAGUUAUCAGCUUAGGUACAAGUGAUACGGUUAUGGGUGCGAUUUCAGCCAAUGAAAUGCCAAAACAAGCAUUGGAUGGCCAUCUACUUGUUAAUCCACUAGCAAAUGAUCGAGAAAAUACUCUUUUGAUGCUGCUUCUGUGUUUUAAAAAUGGUUCACUUGUACGAGAACGUGUACGUGAAGAAACCGGAUCGAAAGAUUGGCAUGAAAUGAGUGUCUUACUCAGUCAAACUACACCUUCAAAUCAGGGUUUCAUUGGAUUUUUCUACGAUGAUCAUGAAAUUUUACCGCAAAAUAUUCAGGGAAGAUUUUACUUCAAUGCAGAUAAUCAGAAAGUUGAAAAUCUUGAAGCUGCAACCAAAGCAAGAGCUGUACUUGAAGGGCAAUGUCUUGCUAAACGACUUUAUUUACAACGUGCUAAUAUUGAUCUAACGAAAAAUGUCGAUCGAAUUGUAAUCACUGGUGGUGCAUCUGUGAAUGUCGAUUUGGUGCAGAUUUUAGCUGAUAUCUUUGGUAAACCAGUUUAUGCUGCAGUAGCGCCUAAUUCUGGUGCUCUUGGCGGUGCUUUGCGAGCUGUUGAUGUUAUUACAGAAAAGUCGAAUUCAACAACUUCAUCUGUUGAAUGUCUUAUUGCUGCUCAACCGCGCAGCCAAUACACAGCGGUAUAUGACGAAAUGCUUCUUCGUUAUACUAAGCUCGAAGAAAAAAUCAUUCAAGACGCAAAAUAA